AUGAAAUAAUUAUUCCUGAAUUACAGGCAUAAUAAUGAAAUAAGAAAAACCACAUAUCAAGUACUAUCUAAAUAGUUAAUAAGAUUCAAUUUAGAAAUGGAGAAACAGUUUCAGCUGAUGGAUUUUUAGAAAAUGAAAAUAAAAUUUUGAGAACAAAUUUUUAUUUUAUUCUUCCUUUGAGAGUUAUUAAGGAAAACAUCUUUUACUUUUUACUUCUGAUAUUAUAAGCAUUUUCUUCUGAGCCAUUGUAUUUUGUGGUAAUUCCUCUUGUUUUAUAAUAAUGGUUUAUUGAUUUGCAUAAUUGUUUAAAUUUAAGAAAGAUGGAUUAAAUGUUAAAAGAGUAGGAGGCAAAAAUUAUUAAGUAAUGGGAUGAAUGUAUUGUAAAUAAAGAAAUCAUAUCUAAAAUUAAAGAAAGAUUAGAUCAAUAGGAUUAGAGUGAAAGUAAUCAAAAAUAAAAAAGCAAGUCUUAAAAUGACAAGAAUUCAUAAAAUAAAAAAGUUGAAUUUGCUUAAAGUUAAAAGAAAGGAAUUUCUAGAUCUAUUGUUUGUAAUUAAUAUUUCAUAUUCAUUUUAGCUAAUGAUUCAAUACCAUUUCAGUCAAUCCAAUACAAGUAACAACAAAGUAACAAAAACUUAAAAGCAUCAGAAAACGCUAAAAAAUAUAAUUAAAUGAGUCCAUUGAUAUAUAAAGAUAUGGCUCUAAAAUUAUAAUAAAUUUAAAUCAUGGAAACUCAUCCAUUGAUUAUUCAAUUUAAGAAAAAGGUUCCUAGUAUAUUUCCAAAAGAUUUGGUUUAAACUACAACUAAAAUACCAUUAAAUGAGAAAUUAAAAAAAAUGGAAAAGGAUAAAAUGAAUUUAAUUAAAUCUUAAAUUGCUGAAGAAAUCAAAAUAGGGGAUGUCAUUUUAUUAUAAAGAAAUUAAAUAGCUCCUUGUGAUAUUAUUGUAUUACAUUGCAAUGAUGAAAAUUUUUCUGUUUAAUAAUAAUUGUGUGAUUAUUCUUAAUCCACUGUUAGAAAACCAGUAGUUUAGAAUAGAUGUAAAAUUUUUAUAAAAUUAUAGCUGAUUCAUAAACCUUAGCUUAAUUUAAAAAAUCAUUGACUGGUAAUAUAGUAUUUCAUGAAUAAAAUUCUUAAAUCAAAGGUUUUUUUUAAUUAAAGAAAGAUCCAUAAUCUAAAAUGCUUGGUUUUGAAAAUUUUAUUUUUUGUUAAGAAAAAUUAUUAGCUACUCCUUGGAUUUUAGGAAUUGUUGUAAAGGUUGGGAAAAGUUGUCUUUGUUAUUCAAAAUUAUAAGGAAAAUUAAGAUUUGAGAAUAAUUAAUAUUUUGGAUUCUAUUUUGUAAUUUGUUUAAUCAUGAUUGUAUUGCUUUAUACUUAUAUUUUAGAUAUAAAUAAUUGCGUUUAAUUAAAAUGAAUACUUAUAUGAACUAAGAUCAAUAACAUAAAUUAUUAUAGAUAAUUGCAUUUAUUUAAUAUUGAUGGUUCCUCAUUUUUUUAAGAUUUAUUAUAAUAUUUGCAGUUUAUUUUAACUAAAAAUAAUAGGAACUAUUGAUUAAAAAUAAAUUAUGUCCUGUCAUGUAGACAAAUAUUUAGAAAAGCAAUAUCUAACCAUCAGUGUAGAAGCAUUUAUAGAAUAAUCUUUUAAAUUAAAACGAAUAAUAUAUAAUAGUUAAUAUUGUGAUUUUGAAGAGCAAAAGUUUUUAGAAUUUUUAGCAACAGCAGAAAGAGGUUUAUAUAAUAAAGAUACAGGUAAAAUUAAUAAUUAUUAUUUUUAGAAUAAUUAAAUAAAAAUUAGUUAAACUCUUAAGUCUUAAAUUAUGAUAUGUAGAGUUCUAAUUCAGAAAUUUUAUUCAGUUAAAGAGAAUGUAUAGUAAAUUAAUUACCAAAAUCAGUUGAAGGUAGGUUUAUACAUUAUUAUUAAUAAGAUUAUAAGGAUGAUUUGAAUACAAACUAAGCACAACUAAUUCUUUAAGAAUAAAUUUAACAUGAUAAAAAUUUAUUUGAAAAUUAAGAAAUUGGAGAUCAUCUCACAGCUUAAAGAUAAUCAAAUCAAUAAAAAAGUUCAAAAAUCUAUUAAUCAUCAAAAGAUUAAUUAAAAUAAGAUAAAUAUUUAAUUAAUGAAAAUACUUUAUACACUUCUAUGAUUCAGAAUAAUUCAAAAAAUGAUCUAAAUCCAUUAUUUUUAUAAUUAGCUUUAAAUCAUUUAGCAUUCUCGAAAUUGUUGAUCACUGAAAAAAAAGAAUAAAAAGUUAAAAAUAAAUUUCUUGGUUUACUUGAUUAAAAGUAGGUUAAUAUGGCUAAAAUUAUGGGAUAUGAAUUUAUCUGCGUUAAUAAUGUUUAGUAAUUUAUUAAUUUUAUUAAUAGAUAAUAAUAGAAUUAUAUUUUAUAAAUAAAAAAAGAACUUUAUUCAUUUAAAUUAGUUAAUACAAAAUUACAUAUUCAAAAUUAAAGAUUAUAUAUGUUAUUUGAAAUGGAUGAUUUAUCUUAAGAAGCUGAUUAGCAAUUUAUUUUAUUUUUAAGAGAAGCUAAUGUCAGGAAAAAUGAAAGUAUUGAAGAUAAAGUAUUGAAACAUUAAUCAGAUUCUUUACAUUACAUUUACUAUUAUUAUUGUUUUUUAAGUUAAAAUGAAGCAAAUUUAUAUUUAUCAUCUGCAGAGAGUAAUAUAUCAGAAAAUCAAUUAUAUACUCUUAUGGAACAGUUAUUUAAAUUAAAUAUUAUAUUUGGUUUGAGUUAUGAGUUAAAAUAAGAUUGUUAAGAAUUUAUGAAAAAUAUUAGAAAAUCAGAUUAUUAAUUAUUUAUCUACACUUAAAAUUCAGAAAUUUCAGCAACCUCUAUUUUAUAUUAAUCUGAAUUGUUAUAAUAAAAUGAUUUAAUUUUCAAUUUUAAUUAAUAAAAUGAAGAAGAUUUAAGAGCAUAUUUUAAAUAAUGUUUGGAAGAGUUUUCAAAUUAAUUUACACAUGCUAGUAUUAAUAGUAGUCAAUUUAUCAAAAUAUCUAAUUUUAGUUUUUCAAAACCAAAUUAAACAGAUCAAAUUAUAGAAAAAUCUAGAACUAAAAAAGUUAUUAUAAUUUUGAAUAAUCAAACAUGUUAAUAAAUCAUGGAUAAUGUUUAUUUUAAAAAUCAUUUAAAAUUAUUGUUAAAUUUUACUAAAGUUUUAUUUUUAUAUUAAGCAACUUAAGAUUCUCUUAAUAUUGUACAAGAAAUAUGGUGUAUUUCUUAAAAAACUAUAAAUCUUAUUUGUGAAAAUUAAAGUUUACUAAGAUGUAUUAAUGGAUGUUAACUCUAAAUGUUAUAAUUGUAAUCAUUUAGCUUAUUUAAAAAUCAAAAAUUUAACAAAGUAGACAAAAAUAAUUUCUUUAAAAAAUUGAGUUAAUCUCUAAGAUAAAGAUUAAUUUAUGAAAAAUGUUAUUUUAAUGAAUUGUAAAUUAAUUCAAAUACAGAUGUUAUUAUUUAAGGUUUCAAAGAGUUAGAUAGAUUAUUAUUUUUUCAAAGCCCUUUAUUAAGAAUAUUGUUUAAAUCAUUAUAAUAGCAAACUUUAUAUAAAACAAUUACAUUUAUGUCUUAUUUUACUUUUGCUUCAAUUCUAUAUACAUGGAAUACCUUAGAUUAAUAGGAUUAUUUGACUGAAAUCAUAUUCUAUUUUUAUAUUUACGAACUCUUUUUGUUUAGUAUUUAACAUUUUUCAUUUCUUGAAGAUUCAAAGAAAUUGUAAUAUAAUAAGGAUUAAUCUCUUUUGCUUUAAAAAUAUUCUAAAUAUAAAUCUGAAACAGAAAUAUAGAUUAUAAUAAUAAUUAAGAGUAUUAUGUAAGGAAUACUUAUUUCAUGUUUAUUUUUCUAUGACAUCUAAAAUCAAGAAUUUUAUUACUAUAUUUUCAUGUCAAUUAGUAUAAGUGAUUGGUUCUAUAUGAUCAUAAAUUUUAGACUCAAGGAAAAAAUAAUGGCCACUUGUGUUUUCCCACUUAUCUUUUAUAUAUAUACUCUAACAGAUUCUUCAAAAGAUGAUGAUGAAUAGUAAACUCAAAUAAGUACUUAGGAAGUAUUUUCAAUUAUUUUAGCUGUAUCAUUUUUGCUAAUAACAAAUAUUUUAUCUGAUUAUUUAUAAAGUUACAAUUUGAAUAAUCUACCUACAAAAGAGGAAGAAUUUUUAUCAUAUUUAAAUUAUAUUCAUCUAAUUAGUGCUCCUUUAACAAAAAAAAAGAGUGUAACUUUUUUGUAAAAUAAAGUUAAUGAUCUCUUUGAUAAUAUAGAACAAGUUGAUUUGAGUAUUCAAAAAUGUAAUUAUAUAAAUUUAUAUUCUUAGUAUUACUUAAUGAACCAAACUAUCAAAGUAGAUUUGGAUAAUGGACUUAAUAAAUAUUUUAAAAGGCAUAAACUAUUUUAAAAUGGAAAUAAAAACAAAAUGUCUAAUUCCUUUAAUUAAUAUUUUAUCAUAAUACUUUUUUACUAAUUAUGUAUUUUUAUCAAGAUUAAAACAAUUACUAUUUAGUUGAUUAUUUGAUAAUUUUUGGACUUCAAGUAAUAUUGUUUAUUGUGUUUACUUUUAUUCAAAUACCAACAAACAGAUAGCAAUAUUUAGAAUAUGCAAAAUUUGUUAUUGUAACAGCAGCAACAGUUUCGAUUUUGUUUGCUUAAAAUAAUUAAGAUUAUAUUGGUUAAACUUUAGUUAUGCAAUAUUUUAUUGCUUAUUAAUUAUCAAUUAAAUUUCAUCCUAUUUAUGAUUAUAGAAUUUAUUUGGGCUCAACUUUAAUAACAAUUAUUGGUUACAUAAUUUGGUAUGUUGUUGAGAAUGAAUAAAAUGUUUCUUUUAUCAUAUAAAUUUUGUAAUUUAUAGUUAUAUUUUCUGCAUCACAAUAUUUUGUAAAGAGUUAUGUAAAAAUAUUAAUUUAACAUAGUAUAUUUAAUUAGAAGAAGAUUAGGCCUAAAAUAAAUUAAACUUUAUAGAAUAAAAUAAUAAAAUAAAUGAUAUUCUAGGAAUUUUGUUGCCAAAAUUUAUAAGAGAUAGAUUAAAUGAAAGUAUUAAAACUUAAUUAAGAUUUAGCUGAUUAGUAUAACAUUCAUUAAAACUAAGGAUUAGUAGCAAUUGUUUUUUGUGACAUUUGCAAUUUUGAUUAAAUGGUUAUAGAGGAGAAAGAUAAAAUAAUCCCAUUUUUGGAUGAUAUUUUUAGAACUUUUGAUAAAUAUUGUUAAAUAUAUGGAGUUUAAAAGAUAGAAACAGUAGGUAAAACAUAUUUGGCAUCAGCUGGAUUGAAAGCAUGUGAAUAAGAAUUAACAUAUUUGUCUCAAGUUGAUCCAGUAUAGAGAGCAUUAAAUUUAGCAGAAUAAAUGAUGAAUUAUAUUAGAUCAAAAUAGUAAGAGUAGAAAUAUAUUAUAUAGAUGGGGAACACAAGGAUAAUAAUUAGUAGGUAAAAUAGGAAUACAUUAUGGAGGAGCUAUUAGUGGAGUUAUAGGUUAUCAUAAACCUUAAUUCUCUUUAAUUGGAGAUACUGUAAAUACUACAAGUAGAGUAUGUUCUACUGGAUUAGAAGAUACAAUAACAUUAUCAGAAUAAGCAUUUGAUUAAAUAAAAAAUGAAAAUAUUGAAUUUGAGAUUAGAAAUGUAGAAAUGAAAGGUUUAGGUAUUCGACCUACUUAUAUAUUCAAAUGUAAAAUUUAAAAUAGAGAAAAUACUCAUUCUGUAUUGUAUGAACAAGAUUUGUAAAGUAGAGAUGCGAGAAGCAAUUAUGUUGUUAGAAAGAAUCCAGAAAUAUUAAAAAAAAACUUAAAAAAAAGAUAAACUAUUUUAACAUACAUUGAUACUAUGAAUCAAAAAAGAGUAUCCAUUUAAGAAAAUGGUACUCAUAAUGUUUUUGGUAUCAAACCAACUGAUCCAGCCAUAUAUUAAUCUUUGGAUGAAAAAUCAGAAUAAUCACUUUAAUUAUUAUUAUCUAAAUCAGGUUCUGAAUAAAAAUAAUUAUAAUCCUUAUAAUAACCAAGUACAUUAAAGAGAUUGGUUACUAUGCUUUAAAAUAGAUUUCAAUUAGAAAAUUAUGAACCAGAAAUAGAUGAAAUGAUAGAUUAUGAAUAAUUAUUGGUAUUUUAUAUAAUUAACUAGAGAAUGUGAUUUUACUUAAGAAUGAGUACACCUUAGAAAAUAAUUUAAUUAAAGAAACAUCAUUUUUAUAAUUAUUAGAUAUUUCAUAUUACAAAAAACAAAUGAAUCAGUUUAUAAGUUAUGAUUAAUAUAUGGAAUUUGUUAAAGUUCAAUCUAAGAAUCAAACAAUUUACAAUUUAAGAUUGUAUACCUUAUAUUAUAUUAUAAAGCAAUUUUGUUAGAUAUAAUUCUACAAUGAUUAUAAUAUUGGUAUUAACGUACUACAAUGGUUUUGUUGUAUUUUAAAUUUGAUACAAUUUUUAAUUAAUAGAAAACCAUAUUUUGAUAAAUGGAAGAUUCUAAUAAAAGCUUUAUUAUUUUUUUAAGUUCUAUUGGCUGGUAUGGUUAUAGUUUUAGAAGAUAAUGAUGAAUUAAAAAAUGUUCAUGUGUAUGAGGUUAUUUUCAUACAAUGCAUAAUUUGCAGUGUUUAAAUUCUUAGUUUUUGGUUAAAAGUGGUAUUUUGUUUUUUCACCUUUCUCUAUUCAAUAAUUAUCAUUAUUAUAGAUGGAACUUAAUUGAUAAGCAUAUUUUUUUUAUUUAUAAGUUCAAUGUAUAAUCUGACAUUGAUAUUACAUAUAGAAUAAUAAUAGGUAGGAUGUUUUAAUUAAAAAAAUAUUUUUAAAACUCAAUAAUAAAAAGAAUCAUAGUUGCUGUAAUAUUUAUUACCAAAACAUAUUUUAAAUAAAUUUUUGGAUGAUAAAAUUAAUAACAUAGGAAUUUGUGAUAAAUUAGAUAAGUUAACAAUUUUAUUUGCUGAUAUAGCUGGAUUUACUGAAUAUUCAAGUAAGGUUAAACCAGAAGAAGUAUUAGUAAUGUUAAAGAACCUAUUUGUGGAAUUCGAUCGAAAAUGUUGUGAAUUAAAUGUUUAUAAAUUAUACACAAUAGGUGAUUGUUAUGUUGCAAUAGGAAUGAUAGAUUAUAAUAAUAGGAAUCCUCAUUAAGAAGCAAAAAACAUAGUAGAUUUAGGAUUUGAGAUGAUAAAAAUAAUUGGUUAAGUGAGAAAAUAAAUAAAUUUUGAUGGUCUUAAUAUGCGAAUAGGAAUACAUACUGGAUCAGUUUUUGGAGGAGUAAUGGGAACAGAUAUUGUUAGAUAUGAUAUUUAUGGACCAGAUGUUUUAAUUGCUAAUAAAAUGGAAUCAAAUGGAGUGAAAGGAUUUGUACAUGUUAGUUAAGAAACAAAAACAUUUUUAGAAUAAGAUUAUGAUGAUCUUUUUAAUUUUGAAUUGCACACAAAAAUAGAUCUUAAAACAAUAAAAAGAUAGAUUGAAGGAUUUUUGGUUCAUAAAUUAGAAUAAGAUCAUUUUGAUUAAGAAGAAGAUUAAUUUUUAAGUUCCUGA